GUCUCGGGUGAGCCCACGCCCGUCAUCCGGUGGCAGAAGAACCGGGAGGACCUGCCCCUGCGCUUCGAGGCCGACUCUCGCCUCGCGGUGCUGCCGUCCGGCUCGCUGCAGGUCAGCCGCGUCCAGCCGCCCGACUCGGCCACCUACCGCUGCCUGGCCGACAACCCCGGCAGCACCAGGACGGGGACGGACGCCGAGCUUCGAGUCCUCCCAGAACCUGGAGUGAGCAGGAACCUGCAGUUCCUCCAGCGUCCUACCAGAGUGACAGCUCAGCUGGGAACAGAUGCCGUGCUAGAAUGUUCCGCCUCUGGCUACCCAACUCCCAGCAUCCAGUGGAGGAGAGGAGAUGAAGUGAUUCAGAGCUGGAACAAGAAGUACUCUCUGCUGGCCGGCAGCAACCUGAUCAUCAGGAGCGUCACCGACGAGGACUCUGGCAGCUACAGCUGCACGGCCAGCAACAAGAACCACAACACAUGCGCCAUUAGCACAACUAGCUACACACGAAUGCCUCAGUAA